GAUGUUCAGCCUCUUCUUCUACUUCACGAGAAGACUUCAGGAAACCAUGACGCACUCAAUGGGCUGAGCUCUUUUAGGGGGAGUUUGGUUCUCGUGAGUUUACAGUUCACACUUAAAUCUUCACCACGAGCACAAGAAGCGUCAACUUGUGAAGGAACGCCUUUAUAUUUUCUUAGGAAAGACACGAAGAUGAAACUAAGCCUGUUCUUCGCUAUCUCCUGCCUCGCCUUACAUAACGGACAGGGAGCACCAAGAACCGCUGUGUAUAAGUUUGUGAAAUGUAACCCUGAGGGCGACCAGGCCAACUGUGUGACCCAACAAAGUCCAAAAAUGGCAUGGAGUGCAGACCUACCAGCCAAACUGCCUGCUUCAACUGCACAGUAUCUCGAGGCCGAGCCUGUGGAGGCUGAGGGUCCACCAGGGGAGGAGGAAGUGGAAUUAGAGAUGUACGAGGAUGAAAAGCCAAUGAAGAGUGAAGAGGGGGAGUCACCUGUAGAGACAGAUGGUUCCGGAGGUUAUGAAGGCUCUGCAGAUACAAUCAUGGCGGACGGGGCCUUGGGGGAGACAGGCUCCGGUGAGUCCUGGGCAGAGAAAGAUGAGGAGCUAUACAAAGAUGGGAACAUGAGGGGCAUGAGGCGGUUGUUCCCAAGGAGGUCUCUGUUUGCUGAGGCAAAACCAGCAGAGCAGGAGCUGAGAGAAGACCACCUUCUGCAGCUGUAGCCUGUGUACACCCGCACACUUUAAGAACAUACAUAUGGCUAGCAUCUGCUUUAUUUCCACAUUGUCUGUUCAAAUAGUAAACCUAAUAUUGCAUCACCACCUGGUGGUGGACAAACAUAGUUGCUCAGAGAUUGACAAAGGGCUAAUAUAUAUGUUAUAUUCAUAGUGCUAAGGUCUGCAUAAAUGAGACAUUUACACACUUUAAUGUAUAUCAAGUUGGCAGUGUCUAUUUGUGCUUUCUUGUGGAAACAAUGUGUAAGUUGGAAUGUGCUUUUUUACUCAUUUGUUUUUUUAUUGUGUUUUUUUACUUAAAAUUUUAAAUAAUUGCAAUACCAGUGCAAUAAAGGCAUGUGUGGAUAAAGGCAACAUCUGCCUUUAUCCAUGCAUUACUCACACUGUGCAGCUCUGGUUCCAACCAGUUUUUGUCAUAAUACACAUAAAAAGUGUAUUCAUGUUAUUUGAUCCCUUUGUUUCAAAUGUUGUGGCAAUUGACCCAGGAGGCCUAUGCAACAUUUUCUAGGAACUUCUGGUCUGCAAAGUUGAACAUGAGAGUCUUUUGACCCAAACCCCUCAUGAAAACCCCUUUGAGCUGAAACAUAUUCAAAAUAUGUAUUAUGCACAUGCAUGCAUUUUAACAUGCUGUCCGUUGGCUAAUUUGUAUUUGUAACAGUAUCAAUUGUGUUUUCACUAGACUUUAUCAAAACUGUCCUGAUAUCUGCUCUGUUAACUGUUUAAUAAACUAACUCCAGUCAG